AUGAGUCCGCUAAAGUCGACCCUCAAGAACAACCUCAAGGAGAAUGGCGAGCAGAUUUGCAAUGCGCGGUACGGUGUCAUUUCGUCCGCGGGCGCACUGAUCAAUGUUAUAUACCCGUUCAUUUCCGGUAUAUUGAUCGACUUUUACGGCCCAUCCCUUGUGUGCAUGCUCUGCAGCAUAUUCGCACUGGUCGGAAACAUUGUGCUCGCAGUAGGAGCACAGCGGGAUUCCUUCACUGUAGUUCUUGGCGGCCAAAUCAUUGCUGGGUUUGGUCUGAUUACGCUGAACUCUUGCAAGUACAGGCUAUAUGCACACUGGUUUUCCGGCUCUGUAAAGUCUGGACCAGGACACAUGGCGCUGGUCAUCGGCUUGGAUAUUGGCGUGAACCGCAUAUACAACACGAUUGGAAAGCAAAGCGCGGUUCCUAUAAUGAACGAUGCGGGCCAGGCAAAUUGGUACUGGGCGUUUUGGUUUGGCGCUAUACUUUGUGCCUUCUCUUUCGUGGUGAAUAUUGCGUAUUUGAUACUCGAGUUCAAACUUCCCGCCAGCCUGCGCGUCAAGACUGGCUACAUGCUGGCACGCGCGGAAGCACGCAAAUCAGGUCUUCUCACCAAGCACAAGUCCGGCUACGUUGUCAUGAAAGAGCAACUACGACAGAUAUGGCGCUCGCUUUACAAUCUACCUGCAGCGUAUUGGCUCAUAUGCUGUACUCAAAUCCUCCAAUCUGGCACGAUUGACGCGUACGCCAGCAAUAGUCCCGAGCUGAUCCAGGUGACUCGUGGCGUAAGUACAGAGGUUGCAGCGUACCAGGGCGGCUUGGACCAGGUGAUUCCUAUUGUUCUUUCACCCGUGUUUGGCUUCUUGAUCGACCAAUUUGGCAAACGACACUACCUGAUCUCGUACACAGCGGCCAUCUACAUUUUGGCGUACGCACUGCUGGCAUAUACCUGGAAUGUAAGUGCGCUUGCGCCCGUGCUGCUUUCCUCACUGGCGCUCUCCAGCAACGAUAUACCCUUUGAAGCUACAAUUCCACUCAUUGUCUCAUCCAAGACAUCUCUGGGCGCCGCGUACGGGGGCUGGGCUGCAUUUUAUUCGUCAGGCACGGUGAUCAUGGACGUCUCGACCGGUGCGAUCCAAAACCACAGUCUUGGAGUAAAGCACGUUGAUCCCAAACACCAGUAUGACGACAUGUUUUAUUUCCUGAUUGCAAUCAAGUGUGUGGGGGUUCUUAAUGGUUUUCUGUAUUUGUAUUUGGACAAGCGUUAUUUGGGCAAUGUGAUGGGUCUCAGUGAACGAGCGCGCAUCGCGAAAGAGGCCAAGGAGCAAAAGGAAAAAAGAAUAGCUGGGCGCAAGGAUGACAAGCUAUUGGUGCACAGGGGCUCGUGGACGAUCGCUGGCGUAUUUAUGUACCUAGCACUGGCCAUCACGUCGUACGUCAUCUUCAUCUACUACUCUGUCGCAAAAGAACGAUGUCGCUAG